UCUCUUAUUUACUAAAUAUCGCCAAGUGUCGGGACUUGAUAAAAAAAAAUCAUCAAGUGCCGGGACUCUCUCCUCUUGUUCCUCUCAAACCCUAGACCUCUCAAUUUCAUCUCUCUGAAACCACCUCCAGUAUCGAUGAUGGCUGGAACGAAGCGACGAAAUAAAACCGGGAAGUCAGCGGCGAAGACACCAUCACCCCUUCCCUCCCAGUACACGUUUGUUCCGAGGUCUACAGCGCCUCUGCCUCUUCCCAACCGCCGAUCUGGACCGUCUGUGAGUGAUUACCCACCUCCUGCGCAGCUGUUUCAGACGUCGACGGCCCAACCUCCAGCAGCUUCAGAUCCGGUGCGACAAGCUCCUCCACCGCCGCGACCUCGAGGAUCUCAAACGUCGGCGACUGAACAAUCUCCACCGUGCAAGCUCAAAACUCCGACAGCACACAAUCUCCAGAAGGCGAGUUCCCGGAGGAAUCAACUCCAGUACACCCAACUCUCUCUGAAGACCAGAUGAGGGUUCUUAACGGCUUGCUUUCCCAGCCAGGCCGAGAGCGCUACACUCAGGUUCUUUCUCCCACCUUCGAACCUGGAACCACAUGGUUUGGUCGUGACAAGGGCAGACUUUCCCGGAAGAUUAGAAAGAUCUGUACAAACAAAUUUGAUGAUCCUUUCUACAGUUGGAGUGUUGUUCCUACUGAUAGAAAGGAAAGGUUAUUUGUUUCUACAGUUGGAGUGUUGUUCCUACGGAUGAUGACAAUGAGCUCUUCCUUAAGUCCACUUUCACAAGUAAAAGAGGCAGACCCUAUGGAUUAGGCAGUCUGGAGGAUACUCUUGUGAAUGGGAAGCGGAAGUAUGCUGAAUGCUCAUCUUCAGCAUCCGCAAGAUCCAGAAGCAGGCAGCUUACAACUCCAAGCUAAAAAGGCAGCAAAACAAGCAGACAAAACACUUUUCUAUAAUGGAAAAGUUUUUGUCUGCAAAUAAUCCUAUGUAUGUGGAAUUCAAAGCUUCUAAUCAAGAUGAAGAAGAAGAUGAUGAUGAUGAUGAAGAAGAAGAAGAUGGAGAUGAUGAUGAAGAUGGUGAAGAUGAUGAUUAGGUUCCUUUUGUAGCUUUUGUACUUUUGGUUAUUUUAAGAAACAUGUUAAGUUUCCUCCUCUUAUAGGGAGUUUUUUUGGAACUUUUGUUGUAUCAAAAAUAUUAUCUAAAUAUUUUGUAUUAGAAAUUUUAAAUUUGGUU